GUUAGUAAUCAUGGCGGUAAAUGAGAGGGAUUUUGAUGCGAACAGAAACGAGAAGAGCUGUAAUUCACAUCUGGAGUGUAUAGUGAACCGCUGGAACGUGGACUAUUAUGUUUAUUGCGCGCUGGAAUCUUUCAGGGAUGGACAGUACACGGAUUUUUGUCAAAUUAGGGACAUACUGCAAAGUCUCAUGGCUCGUCCCCUGGAAAUGACAGAUCAGCUCAGCAGGAAGUUGCGCGUGAUGCAGUUCCUUUCCCGUAUUAAUGAAGGAAACACACUGGACUGCACCUUUGAAUCGCAGGGCUCCGCGACACCUCUGGAGUCGGCUCUGACUGUGCUGGAGUCCCUCAGCCAGGAAACGCAGAUUCCACAGGAGGACGUGGAGAGGGUGCAUACGUCGCUUCGGGAAAUGCUGGUGGUAACUUGCAUUAAGAGCGGGGAGUUUGAGAAAGCCAAGAAAAUGCUAAACAAAUAUUUUCCGAAGGCCUUGUCUGGUGAGAGACGAGUGUUGAUGAGCCUGGCACAGCAGAAGUGCUCCUCCCAUGCAGCCCUGGAGGAGGUCACCUAUGAGGAGUUCAGGAAAGAGAUGCUGCAUUUCUCAGAGAGCCUGUUGCCCAGCUCUGAGCCCUUCCUUUUCAAGACGGCACGGAAGCUCGUCUCUCUGAGGCCAGCUGUAGAGGAGAGCAGCACAACAAACCCAGAACCAGAAGAUGGAGACUCUGAGCUCUUGCAGCCUGCAGAACCUGCAGAGGCUGAAGAACCUGCUGGACACAGAAGGACUGUGUCAGGCCAAGCACAGUUGAAGCACAGUCUGCUGAAGGCGGCCUACUGGGAGCUGGCAAAGGAACAAGGGCUCAGCACAACCUUUGCCGAGCUGGAGGAAGAGGUCUAUCAGGAUGUGCUGCCUCCAGAGCCCCUGUCUCAGAGCCUCUCCACCCCGUUGGCCCUCUCCCAGGCGGGCUCUGGGAGCCCCCGAGAGGCUGCUCAGGCAGAAAUGGGCCAAGAGAGACUGCACACCAUUGCCAGGCUUGUUAUGGAAGAGGACAGCCAGCAGGAUGAGCCAGAGUCGUCGGCCAGCCAGGAAGAACCUGUGACUAGGAGUGCUCCCCAGAAUUGCUCGCUGGGAGAAGGACCUCAGCUACACAGCGGGAGGAAUUCGCCAUUAACGGGGGAUGAACAACCUUCAGAGAGCUGCGAGGAGGCCAUGAGCCCUCAGGCGCUCUGCUCCCUGCCCCUUAGGCGUCACAGGAGUCGGCAUGCACACCACACGUUAUACCGACGUUUCCCAGACAGUGAUGAAGACACUUCGGACUCAAAUACCCCAGAAGGCCUGGACCAGGCUAAUAACCCAAAAAAUUCACCAUCUCCAAGGAAAUGGCCCAGAAUGUUCAAAGUUGUUCAAGAAGUGAAGGACGACUGGAGUGAUGAAGAGUCCUUAUUCAACUACCCCGCAAAAACUGACUCCAGACAACAUGGGAGCAGUGACAGCAGUACAGGGCAAAGCCUGAAGAAGAAGUGGACAGUGGAGGAGAGUGAGUGGUUGAAGCAGGGUGUGGCAAAGUUUGGCGAAGGCAACUGGACACGCAUCAAGAACAGCUACCCCUUUGUGGGUCGCACCCCCGUUAACCUGAAGGACAGGUGGAGGACCAUGAAAAAGCUGAAAAUGGUGUGAUUAGGAAGGCGAGCACCCUUCAGGCAUGCAGGGUACAGAUCUUUCCAGGAAAGACUGUCACAUGGAUUCCAGAGAGGCUCAGGACAGCAUCUAAACAAACCCUGGUGCAAGAGGUCUUUGGUUUGACAGUUUUGGUUUGUUCUCAUUUGGUCUUCUUUAGUGUAACCCAGCUUUGCCAGGUGAUCACUGAGUGUUAAUCUGUGCAAGUCAACGCUUUGUAUAUAUACCCUGAACAUGAUGCUUUUUUGAAAUUGAUACGUUUGGUACCCAUUUCAUUAAACCGUCUUCUCUUUAAAUUAACUGCAAAAAAUUUUGAACAGGAUUGCUUUUUACUGAUUUAAAAAAAAGAUGUAGAUAUUAUUCUGAGGGUUAA